UUAUGCGUGUCAAUCGAUGGGGAAAACAUCUAUGCCGUUGCAUAGAAUAUUAGGUUCAUUAUUUGUGUAACAUUUAGUACGUAAUAGUUAUACGUUUAAAUAGAACAUUUAUGUGGAAGGAAGUAAUUUGAUUAUUGAUAUAAGAUAUAGACAUAAAAACAGGAAAUAUGGAAACCACUUUUCAAAUACCAGAUUUACCUCAUGACAAAAAAUAUCACUUGUUUGUUUGCUACGAACGAAAUUCAUUGUGUAUUGUUGAAGAAAUUGUUGACAAUUUGGAGAAAGAAGGAGUCGUAUGUUGUUAUUACGAGAGAGAUUUUACUCCGGGAAGAUCAAUAACGGACAACAUGUAUGAAGCUAUAGGUAAAAGCAUGAAUAUGCUUAUUGUUCUUUCGGAGGAAUUUGAAAAUAGUCUUUACUGCAAGGAUGAAAUCGACAAGGCGUUUAAUUUAAGAGUUCGUGGAAAUUACAACCUCAUACCUAUAAGAACUGAGCCCUGUUCCAUACCAGCCUGCCUUCAACAUCUCGUUUAUAUAGAUGUAGAGGAAGCCGUUGAUGAAGCGCACACAAAAAUCAUUGAUGCAAUGGUGAAGAAAGAACAACAGAUUGCACUAAAGGAAGAUUCAAACGGGGAGUACAGUGCAUUUGAUUUAGAAGCAUAUAAGCCCAGCCGUUUUUCAUUGGAAAGAUACAGACUGAAAAUAACGGAAAUGGACAGAGCCAGGUUAUGGACAAAAAAGUUCGAGGUAUCAGCAGAGUUACUGCAAGAAAUAGAGGACACUGUCAAUGAAUCAUUCUUCUUUAGACUAUAUCAUGUUAUUACUCACCCGUAUCUACUUAUAUCUGUCUUGUAUUUGUAUCUCUUGAUACUUAUCAUGAUCAUCUUUUCAAUACUACUGUUGAUGUCGGUAAGGGAGAGACCAGAUAAAUUAACAUCACCUGCACUGUGUCUUGCUGUUGGUUUACCAACUUGGUUUAUAUCAUAUAUUAUCAUAUCGAUAGUGCUCUGUUGCUGUGAUUGUCAAAAACAAGGAUUGUUUAGACUCAAAUUGAAGUUAUGGGAUAUAUUACGUGAAAAACUCUGGAAAAUAAGUCGACGGACCCAUCAACAGACUGGAGUAAUAUUUUUCUUAAAGCAACACACAUUUAUGGAAACAAAAUUUGAGUUUUAUGUGAUGCGCAUCAACUUCAAGCCAUGUCAGCUAUACUUUGAACGACAACUUGCAAAAGAAGACAAGGCCUAUCUAAAGAAAGAAAUGGCAUCAUAUGAGAGUCCUGAGGAAUAUACAUCAAGGAUUUUUGAUAUAUUCCUAGAAAGAUAUUGUGAAAAAUUAACUGAAAUCAGUAUAAACCGCAGACAUAAUAUGAACAACGGCGCUAAAUGUGUAUGUCUUCACAUUGAUAAUUAUUAUGCUGAAAAAUACAUAAACAGACUAAAGUUGGGUCUUUUCUAAAUGAAGUUUAUAGAAUAUUUACUAUUGUUCAACAUUAUAUGUGCAAUUACUUAUAACAUGACGUCAUCAUCAUGUGAUAAAACGGAGCUAACUUUCGACAAAAUGACAACGAAUGUGGGAUAUGCAUGUAGUAUGAAAUGUAUCAUUGUAACUAUGAUGAUUUUUAAUUGUUGAUGUAGUAUUUAUUGUGAUAUUAUAUGACUUUUGCUUUAUAUUAAACUUGGAUUUCUACGGAAACGUAAUAACAUAUCUAUAAUGUUAAUUAAUUUAUUGUAGUUUUUUAACCUGAAACAUAGAAUGAAUAUACUGAAUUCGUUCGCGGAAACAAUUUUUCGCGUUUUUCAUAUCAUGUAUUAUGUUUAAGAAAACUAAUGUUACAUCACGCUUAGAAUUUGAGCAUACUAACUUACAGUUGCCAUCACUAAUGGAUUAAUUGUAAGAAAAAGAGUAUUAAAGUGAUAUUGACAAUAACUAAAGCUAGUAUCGAUAUUUUAUACAUCAAAGUGUGCUACUUGUUUGUCUAAGUAUUUUAUAUUAAGUAUAGGUUUGCUUUUCAUUAUCUCUCCACUAUUUGAAUCAAAUAAACCAAAAUAAUGUAUCAUGAAGUUGUUUUACAUAGUUGAGUACGAAAUUUAAUACAAAUUAAAUAAUUAAAUUGACUAAUGGACGAGUACAUAGCAGUCAAGCAGUGUCUGCCAAACUAGCCGUGUGUAUAUUUUUUGCGACAUCAAAAAGAUGUGCGCAGUUUAACAUGGAGAAAAUAUUUUUACGCUUCAAUAUCCUAUGUUGCGAUUAUUGUUAAAUUAGAGAAACAUACCUUGCUGAAUUUAAAAAAACCUUAAAAGAAAAUAUAUUUUCGUUCAUCAAAUUUUAUAGUAAAACAAUCAGAAUGUGUAUCAUGAAUCGUAGUAAUAUACAUAUAUGGACUAGAU